UGGAAAAGAGCAUAAAAGAUGACAACAGAAAAUACAUUGAUAUCAUGGCGUUUUGUUUGGAUAUAAAGGUUACAGAGGACUCCAAAAUAACCACGAAACUGUGUGAUACCUGCUAUAGAAAAAUCAUUUCGUUUUACAAGUUUAAGGUUCAAUCUUUGGAAAAUGAUGCAUAUCUUAAAUCUCUGGACCCACUUCAGCAGCCUACAGACCAAAAUCUAACUCUGUAUGUUGAUGAAAACGGAAUUAAACAUGAGAAUAUCGUGGAAUCUGAAGAUUUAGACUCAUGUGUAAUAGAAUAUAGCGAUAGAGAAAUUAAAAUAGAAAUAGAUGUUAAGGAUGAGGGCAGACAAGAAGAUUCAGAAAUAACAGAUACUGUAAAGGAAGAAGAUACAUUUGAAGAUGUUGAUUUAGAUGAAGAGCCACUGAGUGUGGUACAAAAAGUUGAAUAUGAAAAUUUUGAGGAUGAAUCCAAAGAAGGGGCGCCAGAAGAUAAUGGUGGGCAGCGGAUGCUGACGUGCAAGGCCUGUCCAAAGCAGUUUGUCACUUUUGGCGGGCGGAGCAAACAUUACCGGACCACACAUUUAGGCGAAAGGUCCAAAUGUGAUAUAUGUUAUAAAGAGGUGGUAAACCUACCAGAGCACAAGCUGCGCGUACACAACCCGUCCGGCAUGCGGUACAACUGCUCGGUGUGCAAGCGCCCUUUCCUCAAACAGACAGAGCUGGACAUACAUAUGGUGACACACACCAAGGACUACCAGUUCCAGUGUGACGUGUGUCAGAAGAAGUUCAGCUCCAAGGGUUUGCUCUCGCUACAUGUACGCCAGGUCCACGAUAAAGAAAGGAACUAUAAAUGUGAACACUGCCCUAAGGCUUUCUUUAGUAGAAUGAAACUCGAAAGACAUUCAAGCUCACACACGAACGAAAAACCUGUAAAAGAAUAUCAAAUCUGCGACGAGUGCGGCAUGUCCGUCGUCGACCUGAAAACGCACGCGGCCCGCCACCGGCCCAAGGAGGAGCGGCGCCUGCUGGCGUGCAAGGCGUGUCCUAAAACCUUCUACACCAUCGGCGGCCGGAAGAGGCAUUACAAGACGACGCAUUUGGGCAAGAAACCCAGGUGUGAUAUUUGUAAUAAACAGGUGGUGUGCGUUUCGGAACACAAAAGGCGCAUGCACGCGACGGGCGAGCUCCCGUUCCCGUGCGUCCACUGCGGGCGCCGCUGCGCGACCAUGUCUCUACUCAAGGUGCAUCUGCUCACACACACCAAGGACUAUACACACGAGUGUGAUGUCUGUCAGAAGAAGUUCAGUGCUCAGACUUUCCUUUCGCUACAUAAACGGGACGUGCAUGAAAAAGAAAGGAGCCAUCAGUGUGAAUAUUGUCCUAAGGCAUUCUUCAAGAAAGAUAAACUAAAAGAACAUAUAAGGAGCCACACGAACGAGCGGCCAUACACGUGCAACGAGUGCGAGCGAUCGUUCACGAAGAGGGUCCACCUCACACGACACCUCACCACGCACAGCGGCCUGCGCAAGUUCCUCUGCAAGUUGUGCAAUAAGAGCUUCAAGACGUCCGGGAACUUGACCGUCCAUAUGGUCAGUCACACGAAGGAGAAGCGCUACCCGUGCGCGUUCUGCGGCGUGCGCUUCGGCCGCUCCGACCACCGCCGCCGGCACGAGUUCACCGCGCACCAGAAACACGGACUAACCGAAGUGGACAAAAAACCUGAUAGCUGAUGAAGAAUGACGUCUGAAACUAA